CGCCGCGAUUAGGUCGUGGUCGUGGGUCGUGGGCGGAAAUCAGUAUAACUAGUCGCGUCGCGACCGCGCAAUGGUACGCACGUUUUCCGUCCGUUGCGCGCGUUCGGUGUAUCGCGAGGAGAAGCUCCGGUGCUCCGCUUUACGCUCGCGACGUCACAUUCGCCGCAGCGAGGAAUGACAUCGUGACGCUGGCGCGCGUGUCCUUCCGUUCCCUCAAAACUUUCUUUUCUCAUCUCUCUUUACUUUUUCCUCCUCUCCUCCACCCUGCAGCUCUCCGUUCGCAAAAUCGACAUAGUUGGUGAUUCGCGGGAGAUUGUCACUCGGGGCUGCAGCGACGCGUCCUUCUCCUCUUCCUUCUCCUCCUCCUUUUUGCCGGCUACGUCGCCUCGGAUUACAUCAUGACGGACAUCACGACACCACCGAAGGCAGCGUAAUGCCGAGGGAAUCUUGUCCCGGGUUGCUGUUGACUCUGGUGUCGGUAUUCGUCGGUCUGUGCGAGUCCUCCGCCGCCGGCAGAACCGCGACUUCCGACGCCCAGCAGCCACAACCGCAGCCGCCGCAGCAGCAGCCGCAGCCACGGUCGCAGCAACAAUAUCCGGUUUGCGAGUCCGGCCUGGAGUUCUGGUCUGCCGAGCGCGCCUCAUGCUGGCCAUGCACCCGAUGCGCCCCCGAGUUCACCUUGAGCCCCUGCGUGAUUCACAAGGAUGCGAUAUGCGGUCCGCUGUCGGCGCUUGAGCUCGACUGGUCCUUCCUGUCGUCAACGGCCAGGAAGAGAUCCUCGCGAGCCGGUGAUGACGACGGCACCGUCACCCCGAACGUGAUCCCACGGUUCCCCGAAGAAAAGACGAAAGAAGGGUCCUUCACGCAAGCCGAUAAUCUCGUCAACCUCGAUUGCGAGGACAACGGAAGCGGCAAAGAGUCGGUCCUCACCGCGCAGGAAUCAAAAACGGCACACGAUCCCCGUGACAGGAGAAAAUCGGUCGCCGAGGACAAUCUACCGUGGGACUGGCAGACUGGCGCUUUGGUCCUCGCGGUAUGCGCCUGCAUACUAUUCUUCAUGGUGGCGGGCUGCUCGGCUCUCGUCUACGCGAGGCAGUGGCGGCGAAUGAAGAGGAACUUUGAGCCAGCGGGACUCGAGGAGAUCUCGGCCAGGUUGAACCUGAUGGUGAAGGCGGAGCUGGCCGAGCUGGUUGCCGGUGCACCAAUGAACCCAGGUGAUCCCGAGACCAGAUGUCAGUAUCUCGAAAAGCUUUUAGACCGGAAACGAGAGACGCCGGUGGUGACGGCGGCGGCGGCGACGGCGACGACGACGAUAACGACGACGACGACGACGACGACGACAACGACGAUGACGACGACGACGACGGCAGCAACGGCAGCAACGGCAGCGGCGGCCGGUAACUUGUACAUCGAGGAGGGGGGCACAAUGACACCGAGGAGUAAACGAUCGCAGAUCGCGCGGAUUCAGCGCAACAUCGAGACCAUUCUCAGUCACAAGACGAGUGAGGUUGAUCGGGAUUGAUCGGGAGGUCCCCUUCCUUCAUCCGGAAGAUCCCCACCCCCUUAGAGUCCCAGAGUCCCUUGGGAUGGUUUACAGCUACUUUGCAUGAAGAAACCCGAACCAACUGGAAUCAGCCUCCCGCGAGGAUUUUCUCGAUGAGCUCCAAUAAGGAUCUAGCAGAAUCGAUUUCGAUACGAAAAGAAUUGCCUCCCAAGUCGCUCUCUCGCGACUCAUUGUCAGGAGGGAAGUUUCCGAGAUGCCGAGAUAAAUGGAAAUUAUAAAACUUUUUUAUGUAAUUUCGCGCGCGUUAUACAUAUAUAAAUUGUAGUUUACUCCGUGGAAAGAAUCGUGAAGAUCAGAGACACAAUCAUGCACGACAGAUUCUGUCGGCUGUGUCUUCAAUUCGUCUAGCUUUGACCGCUGACGGAGGAAUUUAACACGUUUGGAGGAACGGGAGCUAAGCGUCAACUUUGCGACUCGAUAUCGUUAGGUGUAAUGAUCGUUCCCAUACAGCACACAAAUGUUGAAUCAACAUCUCAGAAACGUUCCAUUACAAUAUUGCAUCAAUGU